AUGAGAUUUGGGAAGAAAGGGAAGUUAAGCCCCCAGUAUAUUGGGCCAUUUGAGAUCCUGGAAAGGAUAGGUCUGGUUGCUUAUCUAGUGGCUUUACCUCCAACACUAUCUAGAGUUCUUGAUGUGUUUCACAUAUCAGUACUGAGGAAGGACGUGUUGGACCCUUCGCACGUGUUAACUUAUGAACCUCUGGAGAUCGAAGAUGCCUCGGCAUACGAGGAGGUACCCGUUCAGAUUCUAGAUCAGAAGGUACAGAAGCUACGCACUAAGGAGAUACCAUUAGUGAAAGUACUAUGGCGUAAUCACGCAAUAGAGGAAGUUUCGUGGGAGUUAGAGUUAAAGUUACGUGAGAAGUAUUCUUAG